AAAUGUUACGAAAGUGGUGAUAAACCAAUUGAUAUAAGAAUUGCAGCUUUACAGGCAUACAGAAGGAUGCCUUGUACCCGUCAACCAGUUAAAGAGAUCUUUAUGAAUGAAGAAACUGAUUCAGAAUUAAGAAUCACGGCCUAUGUAACUAUGAUGGAAUGUCCAGACGUUAAAACACUGGAGAUGGUACGAGAACGACUGGAGACUGAGCAUGUGAAUCAAGUCGGUUCAUUCAUCUGGUCUCAUUUGACGAACCUAAUGGAAACAGCAAGUCCACACAAACAAGCAGUGAGAGAAAUUCUAGAAGAUGAAGUUCUUAAGAGAAAUUUUGACCUGGAUAAACGAAAAUAUUCCAGGAAUUAUGAGGGUUCCUUCUUCUCUAAUAGAUAUAACGUUGGAGCAAUGGUAGAGAGCAACCUGAUCUGGUCUCCUAAAUCCUUUAUACCACGAUCAGCUAAUUUAAAUCUAACAGUAGAU